AACAAGUCCAGAAAAGAAGAAGAAGAAUGGAAAGUCGCUUAAUCUGCCGCAAAUCACUCAAAUAAAACAAGAUACAUUUCCCAUCUCAAUCCCCCUUGCUUUGAUAUUCUCAUAAUUAUUCUUUAGUUACAAGUCCCUGAUCCCAGAUCUUCACGCACUGCUUUCAUUUCCACGUUCCGUACAUAAAAGCAUUCGUCUUUCAGAAUCUCAUUUCACCUGAAAAACAAAUCCUUCAGGUUUCAUUUUGUUGUUUCCUUCUUGGAAAUCAAUCAGUUUCGGUGCUUUUCAGUGCUCCUAGAUCUUGGGUUGCUCUAGUGUCGAUCAAGGGUUGCUGGAGGAGGCUGAGCUCGAUCACCAAUAACCGCUAUGACAAGCUUCGGUUAUUGGCUUUUGUCUUAAUUUGGAAAGAAAAUUCAAACUUGGGUAGUUCCUUUAGCCAUUUCUACGAAAGAUUUUGGGUUGCCUUGGUAGCUAAUCUAGUUUAGUUGUUUUUUUUCCACACGACUUACUUGAUUUGGAAAGCCAUGACUUGGGCUUCGCCCAAAGCUUCCAUUUCAAUGACUCACUAUCCGAAAGCUCUUUCAUGGAUUGUAGUUUCGGUGGUGGGAUUGGCCUUGUUCCUACUUUUUGCUUCCUGGGUUUUAGUGACUUACCCAAUUGGUUCCACGGUUAGCUGGUAUUUCUAUGGUGUUGAUAGUUUGCAGAAAUUGGAUUAUUCGAGCUCUAUAGGCAGUCAAACUUCUUACGAUUCUCCCCUUCCUAACAAUGUAGAUAAUUUCAAUAAGAAUGUGAAAUCUGAGUCUAAUAUAGAAGUUCCCGAGAGUUCGGAUGGUGCACAUACAAAAGUGGUUGAUAAGGAUUUUGUCUCUGAUUCCAAUUCACAAGUUCCCACGAGUUCCGAUGGUUCAGUGGUUGUUUCAGAAACUAAAGAUAUCAAAGAUCUAGCAGCUCUGCAGGCGAAUUUACCUGGUCCAUCAGUUAUCGAAAAUGUUGCAUCAGUAGAAUCAGCUGGUCCAUCAGUGCCUGCUGGUUCAACAGGCUCUUCGAUUGAUGACAAUAUGAAAAUAACUGAUAAGAAUUUGUCAUAUGAGUCCAAUCCCCAGCUGUCCUCGAGUUCUGGUUCGUCCAAUGUUACAGAAAUUGAUGAAACUGGAAUACCUGUUUCUGUAGGUCUUUUCAACAACUCAAACUUCUUACAGAUCGAGCCAAAUGAUUCUGUUUCAGAUCCUUCUGAUUCCAAAUCUGGAAGCAUGCCAGCUUCUUCUCCUCUGCCCAGCAAUGCAAGAACUGGUGGUUCGGUUGAUUCAGGCUGUGAUCUAUACAGUGGAAGUUGGAUUUAUGAUUCAUCAGGACCAUUGUAUACGAACAAUACAUGCCCUGUCCUGACACAGAUGCAAAAUUGCCAGGGAAAUGGGAGACCUGACAAGGAGUAUGAGAAUUGGCGAUGGAAGCCCCUUCAGUGUGACCUGCCACGUUUUGAUGCCAGGAAAUUUCUAGAGUUGAUGAGGGGGAAGACAAUAGCUUUCAUUGGUGAUUCAGUUGCUCGAAACCAUAUGGAAUCAUUGUUGUGCAUUCUCUGGCAGGUAGACGUUCCAAAAAAUCGGGGCAACAAGAGAAUGCAACGAUUUUUCUUCAAGUCGACAUCUACGUUUGUAGUCCGGAUUUGGUCCUCGUGGCUUGUCAAGCAAACAUCUGAGGCAUUUGAUUUUGCUCCAGAGGGUGUGGCGAAGCUCCACCUUGAUGCCCCUGAUGACCGCUUCAUGGAUCUCAUCCCACAGUUUGAUGUGAUUAUUUUCUCUUCUGGCCAUUGGUUUGCCAAGCAGUCUGUCUAUGUCUUCAACAAUGAGAUUGUGGGAGGGCAGUUGUGGUGGCCAGACAAAUCCAGGCCUAUGAAGAUCAACAAUAUUGAUGCAUUUGGAAUAUCCGUUGAGACAAUUCUCAGGGCUGUUGCAACACAUCCAAACUAUACAGGGAUUGCCAUUGUUCGUUCCUAUUCACCUGACCAUUAUGAGGGUGGGGCUUGGAAUACGGGCGGAUCAUGCACGGGGAAGGUAAGGCCUCUUGCAAUUGGUGAAGUAGUGGAAAAUGGCUUCACAAAUAUAAUGCACCAAAAACAGAUUAUGGGUUUUAACCGUGCAAUUGAGAAAGGAGUGACAAACAAAUCGAAGUUGAAAUUGAUGGAUAUCACUAAACCUUUUGAGUACCGCCAUGACGGGCAUCCGGGCCCUUACAGAAGCCCGGACCCGAAUAAGAAAACACAACGUGGCCCUGAUGGAAGGCCUCCACCGCAGGAUUGCUUACACUGGUGCAUGCCAGGUCCGGUUGAUACAUGGAACGAAUUUGUGCUUGAAAUCAUAAGGAGAGAAUAUGAGGGCAGCAACAACUCUUCCACAUGAGAUAUAUAAUGUGCCUUGUGUUCUCAAAGUGGAAAGGUAACUGGUCAGUGAUAUUUAUCUUAUGUCCAGAUUGGGGCCAAGCUUAAAUAAUAACAUUUUUUUAUUCUUUUAAAUAGCUUGUAGAUGUUAUCUAUUGUAACAGAUGGGAGGAUUAGCGGCUAAGUAUGUACUUUAACAGAAUUUUAGUAUAGUUAUCAAAAUGGUUAUGUACUGUAGAAAGUCCUUGUUUGUGUUGUAAAAUACAACUGUUGUGUGAAAUAUAAGAUGGUUUUGGCAACUUUUAAGUCUC